CGACGAGAAGCCGCGGCCUCCUCUGCCGCCCUCCCGCCUCCAUCGCGCCGACUCCGCCCGCCGAGGCUCCACCCGAGGGCGGCGCCAGGGACGGAGCCCGCCCGCCAGCCAAGAUGGCGGCCCCGAGCAAGCAAUAUGGUCUUAUUUUUCCUAAGAAAGCCCAACAGAAAACCUUCAUCAAACAUUCUGUCUUCAUGGAUGACUCUGAUGAAGAGACUUCGGUGGGGGAGAGUCUUCAGAGAGAAGCCCUGAAAAAGCAAGCGAUGAAACAAACCAAGCUUGAGAUUCAGAGGGCGCUGGCAGAGGACUCCACGGUGUAUGAAUACGACAAUAUUUAUGAGGACAUCCAGCAGAAAAAAGCAGAAAGUCACACAGGCGGACUUCUUGCAAAAGAAGAAAAAAAGCCCAAGUACAUUCAGAAUAUCCUCAAGGCAGCAGAGUUAAGGAAGAAAGAGCAGGAAAAAAGGAUGGAGAAGAAAAUACAGAAGGAGCGUGAAAUGGAAGGGGAUGCAUUUGAUGACAAAGAAGCUUUUGUGACAUCAGCUUACAAGAAGAAGCUGCAGGAAAGAGCUGAAGAGGAAGAAAGAGAGAAGAGGGAAGCAGCUCUUGAGGCAUGCCUAGAUGUGACCAAGCAGAAGGAUCUCAGCGGGUUUUACAGGCACCUGCUGAACCAGUCAGUGGGAGAAGAGGAGGUGCCCAAAUGUAGCCUUCGGGAGGCCAGGAUAAAGGAAGAGAAGCCUAGUGGAGAUUUCAGCGACUCCAGACCAACGAGCAGAAGCCCAGAUGUGAAACCUCCGAGACCUCCCAUCCCUCCAAGGGCAGACGAUAGCCCAGAUGAAGACAGUGAGGAAGAAACGGGUAGUCCCGAUGGGAAGGAAAGUGCAAAGGUUCACCCAGACCAACGAAGGAAGGCCUGGCCAAGUGAAGCCGAUCUCACGGGGGAAGGUUCCAAGCCUCACAAGAGCCAAAGAGACUCCAGGCUGGGCAGUGAGGAGAGAGGCGGCCACUCAAAGGAGCCCGCUGCUCACCCAGAGAGAGAGGAAGAAAGAGGAAGCAGGAAGGAAAGGAAAGGGGAACCCAGGGAAAGGGACCCAGAGAGAAAACAGAGAGAUCAUGACAAAGAAGAUCAUCACAGGAGGCACGAAGAGCGGGAGAACAAACAGAGGAAGAAAGACAGGAAGGAGAGAGAAGAGCACGACAGAGAAUCGAGGAAAGAGAGAGAGAAGCAUUUGCACGGGCAGCAGCAAGGGAAGGAAGGGUCAAUAAGCAGUGAAAACCAUGGCAAAGAACGACAAAGGGGAGACAGAGGAGCCAAAAUCAAAGGGCCAAGGGAGGAGAAAGGAGAGAAGCACUCAAGGGAGAGAAAGGACAGCCCUCCGGCCUCAGUGAAAGCUGGCCACCAGGCUCCGGAAAACGAGAGGGGAGAAGAGCAGCCGUCCAACCCGGACGGUGCAUCAGAGCCGAAACGUAAGAGCGCAGAGGAGGAAAAAGAGCAGGCAGAGAAACCUCCGGCCAGCCAGAACAAGUUUGCAAAGCGUAGCAACGAGGAGACCGUCACCUCUGCAAGGGACCGCUACAUGGCGAGGCAGAUGGCACGUGUGAGUACCAAAGCUUACGUUGAAAAGGAAGAAGAUUAGGUAGGUUGUGUUUUUCCUGGGAGGUGGUGUGUGCUCCCUUGUUGGGGAUGCUGGGGCCACUGGGCGAUGCUCAUAGAUGAGCCCCUGGCCGUGUAGAGAUUCUCCACAUAUGUAGGGACGUGGCAAGAGCUUUCACCUUUGCACCUAGGACAUCUUCAUCAAGGUCUGCUCAUCCUGCCCUUCACAGUCUCAGUCCCUGUGUCCUCUGAAUGCAUUUGGCCUCUACACCAGGAGCAGCCUGACCCUAGCCCCGUGGUGGCGAACCUUUGGCACUCCAGAUGUUAUGGACUACAGUUCCCAUCAGCCCCUGCCAGCAUGGCCAAUUGGCUAUGCUGGCAGGGGCUGAUGGGAAUUGUAGUCCAUAACAUCUGGAGUGCCAAAGGUUUGCCAUCACCAUGCCUGUGUCUGCAUCUCAACCAUCACAGGGGGUGGAUACUGCUGCUCAACCGCAAGACACACUUGAAAACUGUGUCCAAUGAGGAAUACAAAUGCAGCUGUCAGUAAGAGACAGCUGCAUUUCCGGAUACGUUUCUGCAUUUCUGGACCCUUCCUUGUUAACUUUCUGAAUGCAUCUGCACUCACGUCCGCAAUUCAGUUCCACACGAAAUAUAAAUGCUGGAUGCUUUUGUUUUGGGGUUUGAAACCCCUUCUGUACAGAAAGACUGAAAUAAAAAGAAAGAUGUUCAUCUUA